GGUUGUCUAUUUGGUUCCCCCUUCAGUUCAUCCUGCUACCAGCAACAUCAGCAGGAGCAUUACAAGACGUCGCCACCUACUGCAUUCCCCACGGACUGGAGAGAACCCUGGCAUCAAGAAGGAAAUAGUUGUGAGACAGACGAUAGCGAACAAUAUAUCGGGGAUUCUGAGUUUCAGAGUCACUCUACGAAUAAUGGUCUGAAAUUAGAAUCGACUAUACCAGAAGUCUUUCAAAACCUGAGCAAAACUACGGUGUACCCUUCUUCCUACUCGACUACUGCAAACUUCGAAGGCAUAUAUUCCACUGCGUACCAACAUGCUGGCUGUUUCUAUUCUAACACUCUAUACAACAAAAUGACUUCGCCCCAUAUACGAAUAGAAGCAUCAACUAGCUCACCUGGUAUACAAAGACCAACCAAUUCCAGUACGGAAAACCACAUGUUGGUCAAAAGGGAACCUUCAGAUAGAGAUUACAAUGAACUAUCAGAAAAAGUCGACGAAAAAUUGAAAACUGUUGCUGAUAGCAGAAAUUCUAAUCUUCAAAAUUCCACCGGUAGGAGAGGUUCGUUGCAAUUAUGGCAAUUUUUGGUUGCCCUGCUAGAUGCUCCAGAUGCCAGCGCUGGCUGUAUAGCAUGGACGGGAAGAGGGAUGGAAUUCAAGCUGAUCGAACCUGAGGAGGUUGCAAGGCGUUGGGGUGCUCAAAAAAAUAGACCAGCUAUGAACUACGACAAACUCAGUAGAUCUCUGAGAUAUUAUUACGAAAAAGGCAUCAUGCAAAAAGUUGCAGGUGAAAGGUAUGUUUACAAAUUUGUCUGCGAUCCAGAAGCUCUUUUCAAUAUGGCCUACGGAGGUCAUGCUGACUCUUCAACCAAAUCUUCUGGAACUAGACCCGAAAAUCUGAGUACAAAACCCGAGUCCCACCACUUAGCCUAUACAGACAUGCUCAACUUCUACAAUUGUGGUAUUGCACAUUCCUAUCAACACCUACAUCCUUAUCUACAAGACGCUAAGCACGGGCGUUUUACUUAGUGAUCUUGGUAUUAGUUUUGAUGAACAAAAGAGACUCAGUAGUCAUGGGAAAGUCGGAUUUGUAACAUCUAAGUGAAGUGAGGGUCGUGAUUCCUAUUUAGCUAGUAUGGAGGAUAAAAAUUAAGGUAUACUUCAGUUACAAUGACAUAGUGCCAGGGAACCUGCUAAAAUUCCCAAAAAAACAAUUCAUUCGGAAUGUGGAAUGUUCCUCCUGACGAAAAUCAAGUAGUUUUCAUAAAAGAGCUC